CGGAGGAGGAGGCGGAGCGAGCAGUAUGGCCAGUUUAGCGGAUUUCCCUUUAUAUCAGCUGUUUCCGGCUGGGGUCCGUCACUAGCCCGAGCCCGCGUAGCGCUGGCCUGGCCCUGGCAACACUGGGCGCGAGGGGCCAGUGCGGAAGGCGACCGCGGCGGGGAAGAGGUGUGUGUCGUCGUCGCUCUCUCUCCUCCCUCAGCUCUCGCCAGGAGGAUGUCUUCUUCUCAGCCUCGCAGGGUCGUCCUCAGCACCGGGAAUAUUCUCGAGAUGGAGGACCUGAUACGCAAGGCGGGGCAGACCACGUCGGAGGAGUAUGUGAUGGCCUAGAUCUCCCAAGCAUAGACUCGGUUAUUGUCAGCCCCCCUGAUGUCAGUGAUGAUGUUACGCUCGCUAGUUUGGAGCCAAUGUGGAGAGCACUCGAAGACGCUGUUGACCGAGGGGCUGUCAAAGCCAUAGGUCUGGCAGAUAUCCCAGUGCGAGCUUUAGUGGAAUUGUACGAAUGGGCGAAGGUAAAGCCAACCACAGUGCAAGUCAACUUAUCCUCCUGUUGUGUAGUACCACAAGAGUUAACAACAUUUGCUCAGAAACAUGACAUCCAGGUCUUAACACACAAUGAUCCUGCUGAAAUUGUGGAUGAGGAGGUGGUAUCAACCAUCACAAGCCGCCUGGGUUUAUCUGGGGUCCAGUGCCAAGUGGAGUGGGUGGCAAGGCACCGAACAAUCCAGCAGUGUUUCGGCUUGAUACAAGACAAGGGCUACACGCUUGCCCUUGCCUGUGAUGGUUAGGUUAGAGGUCUGGCUGCAAUAGCGCCUAUAGUCCAACAAGAUUCAAGUUACAACCACGUUAAAUGAUGUUGUUGUGGAGCUCGAGUGUAGGGAAUGAAAUAUGCAUGAGAUACUAUAUACAUUCUGUUCUUGAACUACAUUAGCAACAGUUUUAUCAUUGUUUACAUUCAGUAAGAUAAAUACACUCUCAUUGUGUGUGUACACACACAUGCUGCCUCACUCUCACUCUCACACUCACAUUCACACACUCACUCUCACUCUCACUCUCUCACACACACACACACACAUACACACACACACACACAA